CUAGAUUGCCCUCGUCAGACCGCUGAGAGUUAGCAAAGCCCUUGAAAAUGGAGCCUGAGAGAAAGCUAACGGCGGCGGCUGUGGCGGCGUUCCAAGAAGGGGUCGGGCUAGUUCUGUCGCGGUGGUCGGCGCUUCAAUUGGCCGUUGAGAACGAGUGGGGUGGCCGUGACUCGCGCCUCAAGGCCGAGCAACUCCUCUCCGAUAUCGUCUCCUGGGUCAAUCACUCCACCGAACCUCUUUAUAUAGAUGAUUUAGAAGAAAUGCUCAUUGAAGCUAUGAGUUCUCUCAAUACUGUGAUAGAGGAUGGUAGCAUUGAGGAGGUAGCUGAAAAAUUAAUGAUUAUGCAUGAAGAAUGUUUGGAUUGCAAUUUCAAGUCUAUUGAAAGCCUAAGGGAAGCCAAUAGUCGAAGAGUUCCAACUCUUCAUGUUAAACAGGUUGUGGAUGACGAUGAAGACAGUGAUGAUAAUGAUGAUGAUACUGAUCCUAGCAUGAAUAAAGAUGAGUCAUCAAACAUGAAUGUGGACAAACCAGAGUCUCAUGCAGUAGAGCCAAAGACCAGGCAGGCAGUUGAAGCAGAAGAUGGUUGGGAGGUAGUCGGACCAAGAAGAAGUAGGGGUAAAAGGAAUUAGGUUAAACCCCUUACAUGCAACCCCCUUGUAUGCUACAUGUUAUACUCAAUUUUUGUCAUCGUUUACUCGUGAGGUAGAGUAAUUAUAUGCAGACCCAGUUGUUUUCAUACCAUGUGUGUAAAAGACGUUAAUCAGUUUUAUCUAUGAUUUUGUGAUUGUUCUUAAAGCAUUUGGCUAACAUGCAAGUUUAAUA